GAAGAAUAAUCGAGAACAAGAAAUUGCAACCGAGGCGAAUAACAAACGAGGAAUGGUGCUUCCGUUCGAGCCCUUGUCACUUUCGUUCGAUCAUGUCAACUACUACGUCGACAUGCCAGCAGUAAGUAACCCUACGCAAUAAAAGUCUUGAGUUGUUUAGAAUUAGCCUCGUAAAAAAAAUAAAAUGGACAUAUACAAUUUAUCUUUGUCAGGAAAUGAAAAUCGAAGGGGUCGAUGAAACGAGGCUGCAGUUAUUGAAGGAUGUGAGCGGUGCUUUCAGGCCAGGAGUUUUGACAGCAUUGAUGGGAGUAAGUGGUGCCGGAAAAACAACUCUAAUGGACGUUUUAGCCGGAAGGAAAACCGGUGGAUACAUCGAAGGAGAAAUCAGAAUAUCCGGUUACCCUAAAAAUCAAGAAACGUUUGCUCGUGUAAGUGGCUAUUGCGAGCAGAACGACAUCCAUUCUCCACACGUCACAGUUUACGAAAGUCUCCUUUAUUCCGCUUGGCUUCGUCUCCCCGCAGAUGUAUCCAAUGCAACAAGACAGGCAACUUUCUCUCUCCACUCUCUC